AUGACUGUUCACCAUGUCAGUCUUGCAGCUGGACGAUCUAGUUUCCAGGCCAUGCGGUCGUUUUACAUCAAGGCUCUUGCCCCUUUAGGGUACGCGGUGUCCUACGAAGACAGCAAUCUCGUUGGGUUCACGGGGAGUGAUGGUGUGUCUGACUUCGGCAUUCACGCUAUUACAGAAGUCUCUCCAGGGUCCAAUGAGGCAUCCAGUAGAACGCACAUAGCGUUUCAGGGAAACAGCGCUGAGAUGAUCAACAAAUGGUACCAGGCAGCCAUACAGGCUGGCGGUGUAUGCAACGGAAAACCUGGAGAACGCACUGAUUAUGGAAAAGAAUAUUAUGCUGCAUUCAUUCUCGACCCUCUAGGGAACAACAUAGAGGCUGUACAUUGGAAUGCGUCAUGA